CAAAACUUAAACCUUAACCAACAAAAUGCAUUUCUCUCCUUCUUCUUCCUCUUUUGAUUUGACUACCCUAACAAAAUUGGUAGCUCUCCUUCUUCUUAUUCAUGUAUCAUCGUCUCACGCUCAACUUAGCCCUUCCUUUUACGACAAAACAUGUCCGCAAGUCUUUGACAUUGCAACCAAAACUAUUGUCAAUGCGUUGAGAUCUGACCCUCGCAUCUCAGCGAGCAUCCUUCGUCUUCACUUCCAUGACUGCUUUGUCAAUGGAUGUGAUGCAUCGAUAUUGCUAGACAACACAACAUCGUUUAGGACGGAGAAAGAUGCGUUUGGAAACGCAAAGUCAGCUCGUGGCUUCGAUGUGAUUGAUAAGAUGAAGGCUGCCGUGGAGAAAGCAUGUCCUAAAACCGUUUCAUGUGCUGAUUUGCUCGCCAUCGCAGCUCAAGAAUCUGUCGUGUUGGCAGGAGGUCCUUCAUGGAAGGUUGCAAGUGGAAGAAGAGAUAGCUUAAAAGGGUUCAUGGAUCUUGCUAAUGCAAACCUUCCUGCUCCAUUCUUUACCUUUAGAGAACUUAAAGCUAGCUUCAAAAAAGUUGGACUCGAUCAUCCUUCUGAUCUCGUUGCUCUCUCCGGUGGUCACACUUUUGGCAAAAACCAAUGCCAAUUCAUAAUGGACCGGCUCUACAACUUCAGCGGCUCCGGUUCACCCGAUCCAACCCUUGAUAAAUCUUACCUAAGCACACUCCGAAAACAAUGUCCUCGCAAUGGAAACCAAAGUGUCUUGGUGGAUUUCGAUUCACGUACGCCUACACUCUUUGACAACAAAUACUAUGUGAAUCUCAAAGAGAACAAAGGUCUUAUCCAAAGUGACCAAGAGUUGUUCUCUAGCUCAGAUGCUUCAGACACUAUCCCUUUAGUCCGUGUAUAUGCUGAUAGUCAAGAUAAAUUUUUCAAAGCGUUCGUGGAGGCAAUGAAAAGGAUGGGAGACCUUUCACCUUUAACAGGGAAACAAGGAGAGAUUAGAUUGAACUGUAGGGUGGUGAAUCCAAAAUCCAAGAUCAUGGAUAUGGCAAAUGCUGAUGACUCUGUCAAUUCUAUGUGAGGAACUAUGUCUUUCUUGUAAUAAUAAAUUAUAAGUGUUCCCAAGAAAUGUUCUGAGAUACAUUUAUAAACAAUUGUGCAAUUUUCGCUUAAGUGGAAUCUCGCAUUGACUUUUCCAAAGUUUUUGA